AUGCCAGAAGAUUGGCCGGAUCAAUAUUUUGGCACCUGGUGGCGAUCACCGUUUGAGGAAUUCAAUAAGGAGUUGCAAAGGAUUGAAAAAAUGAUGUUUACUUCAUAUUGGAGACACGUUCCAUUCAAUCGGGAUUUCUCUUUUGGUGAGAGUUCGGGACAAGUUCUCAACGAAAUUGAUCGAUUCUCUGUGGCACUUGAUGUAGCACAUUUUCGACCUGAUGAGUUGAAAGUAAACAUCACCGGUCAAGAGUUAACAAUUGAAGGAAAACACGAUGAACGAAUCGACGAGUAUGGAUCAAUACAACGAAUGUUCAUUCGUAAAUUCAACCUUCCGGAAGACACGAAUUUGGAUGCAAUUCGAUCAUCAAUCACCGAAAACGGUGUUUUACAGAUCGAAGCCCCGAAACAAGGAGGACAAAUCGGGCAAACUCGUUCGAUUCCCAUUGAACCAACUCCAAGAAAA